GUGUGAACACGCCAGACGACCACGUGCGCCCCGCGUGAACAUCUAGCCCUCUAAUUACUCACGACCUCUUGGAGCUUUGCCGGCCGCUCUGCAUUGGGUCUGUCGCGAGCGAAGCAGCCGGAGCGUAGCGCGCAUCGAGAUAGGAACAGCUUUCAAAGCUUUCUCGAAAUUUCUAAGGAAAAAGGCACCAGCUGUAGUGGGUGUGCCUGGUAUUCGUUGUUGCUUUCGUCCGUGGGUCGGCCUGGAUGCCAGGGGAUCGCGGGCGAGCGACGCACCUGGCAACGCCGUCGUGCGGCAGCAGUAGAGGCGCCGCUCUCUGGCAAAGCAAGGGCCCGGCGAGGGGAAUGUCGCACGGCAAGCUGGAGCGGCAGCAGCUCGGGGCCAGCUCGGCCUCAGCGACAGCGGCGGGUGCAGGAGGCGGAGGAAAAUCAGCAGCGAUGGCGGCAGCGGCGGCGGCGGCGGCAGCGGCAGCGAGCGGCUCUGUAGCAGCGGGGCACGCUCGUGGCGCUGCUACGGCUGCAAGUAGCGGCGCGGAUCACGGCGGCACGGCGGACGGGGUCGAGCGCGUCCGCCUCGACGCCGAGAGACAGAUUCUGUUAACCAUGCUGCUCGCGCACAUGUGCUCCGAGCAUGACGCCACACCCAGGACGUUCGUUGAGCAGGUGCUGGUGCUGUACGAGGCGAAGGUGCUGGACUCCAUCCAGUUCCUCUUCGACCUGGGCUUCGUACCCCCUGUGGCCCUUCCGUCGUACCGCACGCCUCCCGAUCGCGCCGCCGUCGUCGAGGCCGUGCGGCGCCAGAUUAACCGCCGGGGCCAACAGGGCGAGCCGUUGCUGUUGGGCGCGUGGCCGAGUGGGCCGCCGGCGCGUGCGGCGGCGGCGGCGGCGGAGGCGAGCGGUGGGGGCGAUGGCGUGGACAGGGACAGGCGGUCGGCGACGCCGCUAGGGUUACGGGUGCUCGGCACGUCGAGGUACUUGCGGGAUUUCGACGAAGAGGGCUUGAUCGCGAGGGGCUCGUUCGGAGACGUCUACCGCACGCGCCACCGCUUGGAUGGCACGAGGUACGCCAUCAAGAAGGUAGUAUUCCGCGGGACCGGCAUGUCCAAUCCCCGGGCGCAGGCCGUGAUGCGGGAGGUACAGUGCCUGGCCCAGCUCGACCACAAGAACGUCGUCCGCUACCACACCUCCUGGCUGGAGAGCAGCUGGGUGGAGAAGGGCAUGGGCUACCCUCACGGCGGCGGCGGUGGCGACCCCAAUAUCGCGGCCACCACCGCCGCCGCUGCGGCGGCGGCGGCGGCGGCGGCGGGAGCGGUAGGCGCGGGCGCGAGCGCGGACGUCUCCCUCCGCGAUCGCAUGGACGCCCUAGUGCCAGCCCACAUGCAGCCGCAGCUCAUCAAGGGGCUGGAGACCAUGGUGCGGUCGGGAAACUCGGCGUCCGGCUCCGGCUCCGGGUGGGGCUGGGGUGCCGAGAACGACGGGGGUUUCGACGGCGACGAGGAGUUCGGCACCACGACGAGGGGCCCGCCGCGCGGCGGGCGCCAUCAUAAUCAAGGCGCAGCAGCUGGUACCGGUUUUGAUUCUUGUGCGGGCGGUUACGGCGGGCGGGGCGGGCUGCUCUGGGGCAGCCGCCGAGGGGACCGCCGCGGUUCCAUGUCCCCUCAGGUCCGUUCUCCGAAGCACCUCAUCGUUCCCGUCGGCGGCGGUCGCGACCGGGGCUUCAGCCGGUGGUCGGCGGAGGAUGUGGAGAGCGAGACGAGCAAGUGGAGCGAAGCGUCCUCGUACGCGGGGUUCGACGAGGACCCGUCAAGAGGCGGAGGAGGGGGUACGGCAGCCACUGCUUCCCCUUCCCGGUUUUGUGAAGGUGGAGGGGCCGGGAGCACGGCCGCCGCCGCCGCCGCCGCCGCCGUGCGCCGGCGGGUCCAUGCACCCGUGCGAACGCUGCGGUCUGAGCAGUUCCGUAACCCGUCCAUAGAUAUGGAUGACCUCGUGUCCUUCGGGAAGUCUUCCUCUCCCGCGGACGGUGACGGCGACGAUAGUGUUGCCCCUGCCCAGGGCGUCCUUGCGGACUCUUCUGACGAUGGUGGCGGCAGCAGCAACGCCGGGUGGCGCGAGUGGGACGUGGUCAGCGGCGGCAGCAGCGGCGGCGACCGUGGUGGCGGGAUCCGUCUCGACAGCGGCGGCGGUCGCGGACGUGGCUCGGAGCGUCGCAUCGCUAGGCACAGCUUGUCACCGGACAGGCUCGUCCAGUACCCGGUCACCCUAUACAUCCAGAUGACGCUCUGCCCAAGCGAGACGCUCCAGGACUGGCUGCAGAACCGUAACUCGCGACUGUCUUCGGAAUGCGCGGGGAGCGGCGUCCUGUUCGAGGACGACGCUCGCGCUUCCUCGCGAACGCCGCCGUCUCCACCCCCCCGGCCCGCCUUCGGCGGCGGCAACACGGGCUCGGUCCCGGCGGUCCUGAUCUCGAACGACCUCGACAAGGGCGACGGCGGCCGCAAGGCCGACCUUAGAACUCCCGCGACGUCUCCGAGGACGGAUCCGGUCACUUCCGCUUCCUCCGGAGAGUCAGACCGGACGUCAGAAAGCUCGUCCUCCGGCGCCAGCAGCAGCAGCAGUAGCGGCGGCGGAGCGGGCGUGCUGUGCCCCCCUCCCACUCGCGAGACGAGCCGGAAGUGCGAGGGCCAAGGGAGUUCCAAGCAGGAGGCUUUCAGCACGGCGGCUCCCGCGAAGGGCGGGGAGCAGCAACGUCGGCGGAAGACGCCGAUCGCCGGUGGGUCCCCGGCUCGCUCGGUCUCCUCGGACUCGGGGUCGUGCGACGGCAGGGGCGCCCGCGGGGUAGGGGCGCGCGUGGACCUGCACGAGGCGUUGCAUCUCUUCCGGCAGCUCGCCGAAGGGGUUUCGCACGUGCACUCCAAGGGGAUCAUUCACCGGGACCUGAAGCCGGAGAACAUCUUCGUUGGCGAAGACGGCUGCCUCAAGAUCGGAGACUUCGGGCUCUCCCGGACAGAGGUCACGGCAGGUCUAUCCAGUGACGACGACAGCAACAGCAGCAGAAACAGUGCCGCCGACCCCGCCACCGCCACCGCUACAGCGGCGGUGAACCCGUUGGAAGCGGCCAUCGUACCUCGGAGGCGGAACCCGCCGCAGAGCGAGUGCCACACGACCGGAGUGGGAACGGCGUCCUACGCCUCCCCCGAGCAGCUGCAGGGCCGGCGGUACGGCUUGCGGUCCGACCUCUUCUCCCUCGGGCUUGUCCUGCUGGAGCUCUGCUGCUGCUUCACGACGACGCACGAGCGCGCCGACGCCUUCCAGGCCAUGCGGCAGCCCGGCGGGUCCGCCCCGCCGCACCUCGUGAAGCGAAGCCCCGCCGUCGCCCGGCUCGCGGAGCUCCUGUGCCGCACCGUCCCGGAGGAGCGCCCGUCCGCCGAGGAGAUGUUGGAGAUGCUAGACGACAUGGACGGCCGCUGCGGGUGCGAGGGCUGCCCGGGGGGGAUCACGGGCGGGGCUGACAGGAGGGGGGGUAGGAGCGGCAGCGGGGACGUAAGCGGCGGCGGCGGCAGCGGGCGCCCGAAUGACUCGGGCCUUCGGGAGGAGCUAGCAGCGAAGACGCGAAAAGUCGAGGAGCAGGAAGUCUUGAUCGGACAGCUCCAGCGGAAACUGACGCAGCUUUCGCGGAACCCUUCACCCGCCGUCGGACCGGUUGACGCCCUCGCGGCAAGCGGGCGCAGGGACCCCACACGGGCAGACCUCCUCGACAUGGACGCUCUGGGGCUGGGGCUCGCCGCCCUUGGGACAGCCAACGACGGGGGCGGCGGGGAUGGCGCCGGGGCGCCGAGCGCCGAGCGAUAGGUCGGGGGGGCGGCGCGACCGCGGCCGACUGAUUUGCCGUGAGGUAAACGAAGCGUAGAGUGAGUUGUCGCUCGGAUAUAAGAGGAAGCAGUCAAGUUUUCUCGCUGGUCGAUCUUGCUUUUUUUUUUUUUAAGUGUGUGUGUCAACGACUUGUGUGCUCGCAUACCCACCUGCACCUGCCUACCCCGUGGCGAACGCGCGACGGAAGCAGGGGGGAGGGGGGCACACGGCGCACAGCGCCGAACAAUUAAAAGUAUGUUGGAAAGUAGGGUUCGGUGAAGGAAGAAAGGAGAAUACUGUAGCGCGACACGACAUGUACUGUAUUACGAUGGGUCUGUAUGUAUGGGUGUGGGUGGUUGGGGGGGGUGUGAGGGAGGGGGAAGAGGCGACGUUGACAUCAACUUGUAGAGAGAACCUCAACGCAAAACAGAGGGCGUUGUUGUUGACAGCCAUCGGAGGGGGAAAGGAGGGCGAAAAUGGGGAGGAAUGGUGUGUUUUGUUUUUAGCUGUGUUGACGCGGCGAGUGUUGUUGUGCAAGCACCCUUGGCGCCUGGUUGAAGCGUGUGCUGUGUUGGUGGUUGGGGUGCUUGAGAGAUGGAGAUUUUUUCUGUUGUUGGUCCGACGGACGUAUCACUGCUGUAUUUUCUCGAUAGGAAGGGGAGGGCCACAGGCGGGGAAAGGGAGCAGAACGAGACGCGAUAGCGGGAGUUGGACGGGCUGAGCCACGUCAAAAAAAGCCUGACCCACAGAUGGCGUUCAUUGUAUAUCAUCGUCUCCCUUGGCGGGCGACACGCAGAACCGCAGCGGCAGCGGUAUCAGAAGAGCCGCCCCCCCCGAGAUGUGGGUUGAUGGGACCGGGUUUAAAUAGGGUUUUUUGUACAUACUCGAGAAAAGAAUAAGUCAAGGGGGAAGGGGGAGUGAGUGCCCGUGCGGAAGAGGUUGAGCACGCGAUCGCAGGAGUGACGAGAGAGCGGACGACGGCGAAUGAUGUCAUGGCAAGGGAAGGGCAAAGUUGGGCAAGGGCCAAGGGGCGCGUAGUCGUCGUUCUAAGAGGUUCAGCGAUGUUUGUUGGCCCGUACACCCCGGUCGGCUGUGGACCGUUUUGUCGCGUCCCCAGAGGCCGCUGUAUACACGGAAUGUUUUGUUUUGGUUUGUGAGCUGCUGUUGCUCCUUUUGGCGAGAGACGUUACGACAGCAGGAGCUUGAUGCGCCGCACAGCGGAGCUGUCGUUUUCGUGUCUUUGAUUUGGGGAGGAGGAGGAGGUGCUCCGCCGAGGGAGCAUCGGGCUGUUGGGCGCGCGUGUCGCUUGUUGUUGUUGUUGACGUUGCUCGUAUGUUGUUGAUGUUGCUGCUGCCGCCGCCGUCGUGGUGUUGAUGUGCUGCUUGUUGAUCUCGGGGGGUACACGACGGGGGAGAGGGGGACGGAAGGAGAGCAAGAAAGAAUACCCUCGAGCGCCGUGUGCCGGAAGGCGGGCGGGUUUGCAUGGGUUACAUGGGUUACAGUAGCACACACGACAACACCACAACAGUAGUACCAAACCAGGAAAGAAGGGAGGUGGGCGAGUGUAUGUGGGGCGAGGGUGCCGGGGAACGAAACAUGUUGUAUCCUGUCGGUUCAUGGUCUUUUGUUUGUUUUUUGUUCUCGUUUUUUCGAUUGGUCUGCUGUUUUGUGACAUACCACGUGGCAGGAUUUGCGCUCUCUGCUUGUGGUGUCCCGCGAGGCGAGCUAUUUUGUACCAGUGUCGUUUGGGGGGGGGAGAAGAGACGCCCCUUGAGUCUCUUUCUUUUUUUUAUUUCUUUUUUUUUAACGAAGUCUUGCCCCACUCCCGGUUUUCACGAAAAGGGCACCACAAAGAAAAAAAGUGUGCGUUGCGUUGCGAGAGGAGCGGAGAGGAGAGAGUCCUCUUUCGCCCUGGGUUUUGCGUGUGAUGGUGCUCGGGCCAGCUGCCCACCCGUCUGAGUGGUUUGCGUUUUAUCGUCGGGCCCUGCCCUGCUGUCGCCCUCGGGGGGGGUUUGGUUGGUUGUGUCUCUAGGUAGCGAAAGGUGACGAUUUGUUGGCGGGUGGUUUUUUCGUGCGUGCUUGCGUGCGUUGUGUGUGUGUGUGUGUGUGUGUGUGUGUGCUCGUGUUUCUUUUUCCAGAGGAGUGUGCAGUCCGAGAGCGCAUUGCCUCAUGAUGGAUUAUGGGGUUUGCUGCUCUCGAGACACGCCACUUUCGUCUCGCCCAUGCUACACUGCUCCGUCUCUUACCGCUUAGCGCGUAUUGCUGUCGUCUGGCGUCGAAGCAACUGGAAUGAUUCUGCGAGGCACCGCGCCCCCCUGGUCUCUUUGGUUGUUUCUUCGUUUUUCUUUUUUUUUUCUUCUGUUUUCGUCGCUGUUUCAGCGCGUUUCGUUCUUGUUUUCCAUCACCUUUUUUGUUUUCGUGUACCAUGCUUUUUUUUGUUUUCUUCGAUGCAACAACAAAGGGAGGGGGAACAAUCAUAGAGAAAAUGCAAGCGCAGGGGGGGAGGGGCAUUGACAAGCUCUGCCCCCAUCUCUUUUUUGCUCGAGGAGGGACGCUAUUCCAUGGAUAUAACAGCGCUCUGAAACCUUGGCGCCGCCUUUGCAAAGCGAUAUAGCUGUAGGCAGGAUAGGUGUUUUCUUGUUUUGAGUUGGCUAGCACCCCGUGCACGUGUUGAUUGCAUUGGUAAGCGCAGCAUCCAGCACGCAAAACGUGCAACGGGUUUUAAUCGUGUCCUUGUUGGUCUUAAUCGGCCGUCGAGUUUUUGCAGGGUGCUGUUGUGUUGACGUGAUACUUCUAUAUCCAUGUUCGUGUGUGGUCCACACCCAUCACACAAGGA